AUGCUGGGCUGGUCAAGAUGGAUGAAUUACAUUGACCCCAUUGCAUAUGCCUUUGAAAGCUUUAUGGUGAAUGAGUUUAGUGGCCGGGAGUUUCCUUGCAUGUCGUUUGUUCCAUCUGGUCCAGGCUAUGAGAAUGUUGAUCCUACGAAUCAAAUUUGCAGUACAGUCUCAUCCAGACCGGGUGUUCCUAGCAUCGACGGGGGCGCCUAUCUGUCCCUCGCCUAUAAAUACACGCACGCCCAUCUUUGGCGUAACCUAGGCAUUAUGAUAGGUUUUAUGAUCUUCUUCAUGCUUGUGUAUCUCAUCGCUACCGAGCUUGUCUCUGAAGCUCUAUCAAAAGGAGAGGUACUAAUUUUUCGCCGUGGCCAUCAGCCUAAGAAAACCCAAGACACUGAGACUCCCUUAGACACGGAGUUUAAGGAAGAUGGCCAGUUGCAACAAGGAUCUGCAACUAUACAACGGCAGACUGCAAUUUUCCACUGGCAGGAUCUUUCAUAUGACAUCAAGAUUAAAGGAGAGCCACGCCGCAUUCUGGACCAGGUGAAUGGAUGGGUGAAGCCUGGCACUGCCACUGCAUUGAUGGGUGUUUCAGGUGCUGGGAAAACCACAUUACUCGAUGUUCUUGCUACCAGAGUGACAAUGGGUGUUGUCACCGGUGAGGUCCUAGUAGAUGGUCACCCCCGCGAUGAUUCAUUUCAGCGCAAGACCGGCUACGUUCAGCAACAAGAUGCCCACUUAAAAACAUCUACAGUACGAGAGGCUCUUCGGUUUAGUGCCCUGCUCAGACAACCUGCACAUAUUAGCCGACAAGAAAAACUGGAUUAUGUAGAAGAAGUGCUUGACCUCCUCGGCAUGCGAUCGUAUGCCGACGCUGUCGUGGGUGUUCCAGGAGAGGGACUUAAUGUUGAGCAACGGAAGCGUUUGACCAUCGGUGUAGAGCUAGCUGCCAGGCCACAGUUACUGCUCUUCCUUGACGAGCCAACAUCGGGAUUGGAUAGCCAAACGUCAUGGUCAAUCCUCGACCUUAUUGAAACACUUACAAAGCACGGUCAAGCUAUUCUAUGCACCAUUCACCAACCGUCUGCAAUGCUAUUCCAGAGAUUUGAUCGGUUGCUAUUUCUAGCAAAAGGGGGUAGGACUGUAUACUUUGGAGAAAUUGGCGAGAACUCUUCGACAUUGUCGAAUUAUUUUAUCUCCAAUGGAGGUCACCCGCUGUCACAGGGUGAAAACCCAGCCGAAUGGAUGCUAGAUGUCAUCGGAGCCGCUCCUGGAUCCCACAGCGAUAUUGACUGGCCGGAAGUAUGGAACAAUAGUCCUGAAAAGCGAGCAGUAUGCGAUCAUUUGGCAGAGUUAAAGUCAACACUGUCCCAGCGCCCUAGGGAGUCUGGUACGAAGGAUGAUUAUCGGGAGUUUGCAGCCCCGACAUCAGUUCAACUGAAAGAAUGCCUUUUGCGCGUGUUCUCCCAAUACUGGAGAACCCCAUCUUACAUCUAUUCUAAGAUUGUGCUAUCCAUUCUAACUGCGCUAUACAAUGGCUUCUCAUUUUUUAAGGCCAAAAAUACGCAGCAAGGUCUCCAGAAUCAGAUGUUCAGUAUCUUUAUGCUUAUGACCAUCUUUGGGAAUCUCGUGCAACAGAUCAUGCCCAAUUUUAUUAUCCAACGCUCCAUCUACGAGGUCCGCGAGCGUCCAUCUAAGAUGUACUCUUGGCGCGUUUUUAUGGCUAGCAAUAUCCUCGUGGAAUUACCGUGGAACUUGCUCGUUGCAAUCCUUAUGUUCUUUUGUUGGUACUACCCAGUCGGGCUAUAUAAGAAUGCUGAACCAACGGACUCUGUUCACGAGCGUGGUGCACUUAUGUUCCUGCUCCUGCUUACUUUUCUGUGGUUUACAUCUACUUUCUCGCACAUGGUUAUUGCCGGCGUCGAAAAUGCCGAAACAGGGGGCAACAUUGCCAAUCUCAUUUUUGUCCUGCUAUUACUUUUCUGCGGUGUCGUCGCCACCCCGGAAGCCAUGCCCAGGUUUUGGAUUUUUAUGUACCGCCUAUCCCCGUUCACGUAUCUCGUCUCCGGGAUGUUAUCCACUGCGGUCAGUGGAACCGAAGUUAACUGUGACCCUAUCGAAACACUGAAAGUCGACCCCCCUGGGAAUCAAACAUGCUAUGAGUACCUGAGUGCCUUCGCUGUGAAUGCUGGGGGACGGGUUCAGAAUCCAAACGCAACAAGUGCAUGUGCAUACUGUACCAUGUCGAAAACGGACGAAUUUCUUGCGCACGUCCACAGCUACUGGGGUGAUGCGUGGCGCAAUUUUGGGCUCAUGUGGGCUUACAUUGCGUUUAACAUUGUGGCUGCUAUCGGUAUCUACUGGUUGGCAAGGGUUCCCAAAGGAAGCAAGACUAAGGGUAGCGCUUAG